AGUUGCUAGGCUACAUGAUUGUAAACAAUCAUGUUUCGAAUGCGGUUAAUUCUAUAAAAACUAAUUUUUGAACCAUGCCACCAAAGAGAGGUAAAAGUGGAGAGAGAAAAGGAGGUCAAGAUGGUGAUGCCGCUUGGGAAACAAAACUAGCUAAUACAGUAUUUUCAGAAGAGACUGAGGAUGGAUGGAUUGCAACAAUAGCCUGUCUCGUUGGCAACCGAUAUGAAGAUUACGCAUUAAUAAAUAGCAUCGAGGACACUAUAAGAUCAAAAUCCAGAAGACUGUUUUCGACAUUUUCCAAGAGUGAAUUGUACAACGAGUCAGUUGAAUUUGGAAGCUCAAAAGGCAAAAAAGGAAAGGAUGCCCCUCAAUUUGUCGAGGUUUACGAAUAUUGUAAAGAAUAUUUAGAUAAUAAUGAGGAGGUUCCGUUGCAAGUUCAAGCAAAAUUGAUUAAGGCGAAAUUACUUGCUAUAAAAAAAGAAGAUCAUGCCAGAAGAGAAGUAGAACGAAAGUGGCGUGAGGAAAGAGAGCGCAGACGGGCAGGUCAGAGCGAUGGUGAUGGAAAGAAAGGUAAAAAAGAUAGAGGAAAAUCACCGAAAGGGAAAGUGGGCAAAAAGACUCCGGAACCAUCAGCGCCUAAAAAUGAAAGUAAAUUGCAAAAGAGAGGAGAGGAAGACUUAGACUCGAAGUAUAUUGAUGAUGAACCAGAUGAUGGUAGCAAACACUAUAUUGUUAUACAUGGAUUCAAUCAUCCUCACUUGUUUUCUUUUCUUUCGGAAAUUGGCAUUCACGUUGAUGUGAUCUAUAAAGUUAAAAUGGAUGAUUAUAGUAGAUUCGAUAAAUCUGAAGAUGAAAUUGUUGAAGAGAAAACAGAAAAACAACUAUUAGUUGAAGAGGAGGAGAGAAAGAGAUUAGAGGCUCUGACGAGAGAACUGGAUAUGUUCUGGAGAGAUAUUACACCCGUCUUACAAAUGAGUUCUGCAUCGCCUAAAUUGCACGACUUGCCAAUUUUGCCGUUUGAUAUCAACAGUGCAUCCAUUCCAAUUGAUUUUCAAAAUAGUGAUAAAAAGGCUGAGGUUAGCUCCUCUCUUUUCGAAAAGCUAGCAUGUGAUACCUAUGAUUUAUUGGAUUGGAAACGACAAUGGCGAAAUUUCAUUGAAAAUCUCAAACUAUACCAUGUUCCUGGGGUUUCUUCUGCAGCAUUAGCAAAUGAUUCUCCUGGUACAGCAGCUCCUACUCCCGCCCCAACAAGUGCUCCCCCUAUAGUAGAUGAUUUAAGCUCAGACGUUGACAUGCGUUACUAUAAAGAUUUAAUGGACUGCAUACCUCACGAAAGCGUUUCAGUUCCUUUGAUAGUAAAUUGUAUGGUAGAGCAAGUUGCUGCAACAGCAGAGCAUCGAUUACCACCUUCUGCAGAAACUAAACUCCCAAGAGCGGACGGACUAUGUGACUCUUUGGCUGAUCAUUUAAACAGAUUGGCUUCAAACAUGGCUCUCGAUCCUAAUGAAGUUAGAGCCUUAUCUUCUGAAUACGAGAUUCCAGAUAAAAAGUUGGAUGGAAAUCGUCAUCCUCUGCUCAUCAACUACUCUGACGAAGCAAAGACCCGACUAAGAAACCUACAAACGAACAUUGAUCUAUUUAAUCCUCUACAAACAGAAAGCUACAUGAACACGAGAUUCCCAACAAAUACUCUCCUUGCUCCUCCGGAAUCGCCUCCAGAAAAAGCUAAAUUGAAAAGAAUUUCUAGAUUACAAGAACUUUUAACAUUUUGUUCGACACCUGGUAUCUCGAAAAACGAAGUAGAUAUAAUUUUACGGCAAUUUGUUUUUGAAUGUCUAAGGUCAACAGAAGUUGAUGAAAAUGGACAGGUUGUAAAAUUUUAUGGAAAAAAUCUUAUUCCGUGGGAUGAUCCUUAUCCAUAUUAUCAUGGAAUUCUUGGUAUUUUUAAUAUAGAGGAAGAGGAUAAAUUCCCCGUUACGCCUGUUAGACAAGAAAGUGUAGAAGUUCCUACGACAAGACCUGAAUCUCGGUUAUCGGAGAAGUCUUCAUCGGGUGAAUCGGCAGAAAUUAGCACUCAAAAGUCAAGUAAAAAAGAGCGAAAAAGCCGAUCAAAAUCUAAAAGAGGUAAAAACAGCGCCGAUAAAGCAGUUAGGGUUACUGAAGAACCUGUUGAAGUAGUUCCGCCACCAUCUCCUAAAGAAACUGGUGGAAUACUGAAAGAUUCUAAAAGACCGCGGUCCUCGUCCUCUCGUGACUCAAGUGUGCACUUUGAAAGAGAUGAUAUUGGUCUGACGGUCUCUCACCCUGGAGACGAGUUCGAAACCAUAGAUCAAGCGUCAAUACUUGAUAGAUUAUCAGAUAUUGUUGAGGCUCAACGGAGAAACCUCGAUCAGUGGACUUUUGUCGAACAAUUAGAUAUAAAUGUUCUACAUCAGGUUAUUAAAGAAGCCUCAUAUACACUACCUUAUAUGGAUACUUUGUAUUCAAGACGAGACAACAAACUCUUGGUUAUGCUGAGUAAUCCUUAUGAUAAAAAACUUCUAGCAAACUAUGAUAAAUGGGAGUCCCAUUCACAUACGGACGUUCAUUUCCGUAAUUAUUUAGAACAUGUGGCAUGGAGAAUUGAAGAAUGGAUCACGGCAGAAGAAGCAAAAUAUGAGGCUACUAAAACAGCCAAGGAGAGUGCUCUAUUCCAAAAAGAGUUUGAAGAAUUAGAAGCUGCAAAGGCAAGAGAAGCCAACGCAGAAAAUGAUAAAAAAAAGAAAAAGGAUCGAUCAAAAUCACCAAAGAGGAAGAAAGCUGAUGACUCAUCAAGAUCGUCAACUCCUGAAGAUUCUGAACCUUUUGUCAGGCAAAAUUCUAUCAAAGCGUACUUAAAAGACAAAGAACGAGAAUUUGCAGAGGAAGAGGAAAAAAAGAAAGCUCUGGAAGAGAAGAGAGCUAAUUCUGCUAAAAAAAGGAAGGAGGCCGAAAAAGAAGAAAAGGGUAAAAGAAGUAAAAGUCCAAGAAGUAGCGCAAAAUCUCGUAAAUCACGAAGAGAAACCGAAGUUGUAACGCCAGCUGGUGGACAAGAGCAAGUACCAACAGAUAACUAUUUUUCAUUUGAAGGAUAUGAUUUGGGUGACGAAAUGUUAGCGGCAUCGGGGAUAACUUACAACAUGUUUCCAUCUGAUGGUUCACUCAUUAGAACCAAUAUUACUGAAUUUGUCGAAGGUUCAAAAACAGUUCAUACCGCUUUAAUAAAAGAUAAGCAUCAGCUCUUGGUUCAUAUAAUAAAUCCAAAGGAUGUCGUUAUUACUCCUUUUUCGGAAGAUGAUGUAAAAGAAAAGUCAGAAACAGAAAAACCUGAGAAAGAGACUGCAGAAACUGAAAUUACUGAGAAACAUUCAAGCCAAACGGAAGCAGAGCUCCGAAAACCUUUAAAACCUAUUGUUGGUGAAUAUGCAUCUUUUAGUGCAACUUUGGCUGAUGGAAUCUGUUUAGCGUUUAGCACAUAUGGUAAAACUGGACGAGUAGAUGGAGGUGAAAUAUACAAACCCGAACCCUACGUAACACCACACAUUAGAACACCUACACCAACAGCCCCUGUAGGUGGAAAGGAAUCAGUGGCUAGCAAGAAGAAAGCAAAAGGUACUAAAGAAAAGAAAGAAGACUCAGAACCUCCGCCGAUGAGAGCAAUCGGUACGCCUGCUUCAUCUUCUAAUGUUCUAGACGGUGAAAGAAAAUCAGUGAAAACAGAAAAUUAUGAAGAAUGCUCUUUUUUGAAACUGCAAUUUUCUACACCUUCAGGAUUGGUUGUAACAUUUCUUAAAAGGGAUGAUAGCAUAGUGGUACAACAACAAUAUGCCUUCAAAACGAAGGAGAUUGAACCCUGCAAAGAAAUCAGCGAUAUAGCUGGAAAUGAGGAGAAAAGAAUGUAUUCCAGCGACGGUUCUUUAUUAAUAUUUUCCAAUAAUCCAACAGCAACAAAAAUUUUAUAUCCUGAUGGUAAGAUGACUGAAUAUUCAACAACAAUAGUGCCCAACGAUAAAGCAGUUGGAAGCCGCAACACUUCUCCACAAAGGGGUACAAGUCCAAAAGAUGCCCCUAAACGUGCUGGGCGAAGAAAACAUAGUCCAAAAAUUGAGGAUGAAGUAGCUGAAACUGUUACUAGAGAAAAAUGGUAUUCUGUUCAGCCGACAGGAGAACGACUAAUUACUAUUAAAGAGGGCGAGAAUACAGAAAACAUACCUAUUGAUCCACUUCUAAAAUGUGAAUGCUUUGAUCCAUCAAGUAAUCAAGUUAUGAUCACAAGAGACGACAAAACUAUUAUUGUGAAACAUGCUGAUGGAACUAUUAUAUCGGAACACCCUGAUGGGACUAGAUUCACAACUUAUAGUCAUGAGGAUAAAAAUUCUGGAAAGAUUACUAAGUUGAUAAAAAUUGAAAAUCCAGCCUACUGUACAGUAACUUUUGACUCUUCAUCUGGUGAAUGUCACGUGGAAACUGCUUCUAGAACAAUUAUAAACGCUUUUCCUGCGGGAAAUUAUGAGUUACAUCAUGCUGAUGGAUCUUUUAUGAGAAUUGAGCAAAAUGGGGGUGUUUCUUUCUCUCCAAAACCUAACGAUUUUCAAUUGGCUAAUCCUCAGCAACCACUCAUUUAUCAUAUGCGUCACGAUGCUGAUGUGAUCCUUUAUUCUGUCGAUAACAACGGAAAUCGAUUUUCAGUCAGAAAUACUGGUCUGUCAAGCGCAACAUUGGUUGAAAAAACUGCAACUGCUCCUCGAUCAAGUGAAGAAGAUACUAUUAUGACAAUGGAAAACAGAACACCAUCUCUGACUGCACCUGAGGAAAAAGAUGAAAGUGAAGGACGGAAAAUUAAUAUAGAAUGUUAUGAUGAGCAUGCUCCCAGAUUUUUUGUAAUAAAUCCCGAUGGCAGAUCUGGUAUGGAACUUCUUCGAUAUCAGGAAGUUGCAGAGUGGAUAACAAAUGCGGAGGCUGAUCCAUUUACCGCUAUUAUUGUUGAUCAAGUUGCUGAUCGUCCUAAAAUUUCUUCAAUAUCAACUUUAAUCCCAUUCACAAAGAGUGUCUCGCAAAGAUGGAUAAAAUCCUAUGAUGACAAUUCAAUUGUACCCCCUGGUCUUACUUUGAGAGAUUUAACAACUUUUCCGCCUCAGGAAGAGAAAACGAUGGGGCCAGGUUUUGGAACAAAUGCAGGUCGAGGUCUUGAGAUCGGUAGCAGAGAGGCUCCAUGCUUAUCUCCAUUACCUAAAUGCCCUGAUACUUUACAAAUUCGACAAGUCUUGCAAUACACAGCUCUGACUCCUGAAAUUCGAGAAGAGUUUUCAAAUGGUAUAAAGUCGUAUGCAGAUUUUGUAGUCUCAAGAUUUAAGGAUACACAGACCGUAGGAAUUGAAGAAUAUCGCAGCGAAAGUGAACAACUUAUGGCCGACACUUUAUUAGAAGAUAGUGGUACAGUUCAUUUGAUUGAGGACCGUCAAAGCGUCACAUCACUAAUCGAGGAGAGAGAAGAUCAACAAAAUACAUUCAGAAUAGAAUCUUCUAACGUCCGCAGUGUCUAUGAAAGAUCAACUGCUCCCAAAGUACCAUCCCCUAUACCUCCUCCUUUACCAAAAAGGACAGCAGAGGACUGGGAGCAAGAUAAAAAGGAACUUGAAAAAGAAAUGGAGCAUCGUAAAGUACUUAGAAAUAAAUAUGUUCCUCCCUACUUUCAAAGCCAAUUUGGAAAAUCGUACUUGGAUUCACUAGAGUCAAAAAACAACAAAGAUGAAGAAGAGUCGGAGAGCGUUGAGCCAAAAAAAGUUGCAGCUCCUCCGGAGGAAGAAAAAUCUGCUCCUGCUGGAUACGAAGAAGAAACGCCCUCGCCAAAUCAAGGUUUGAUAGAAUAAUAAAACGCUUUAAAGAAAUUCCGCUUAAUUAUUUUGACGCACACAUUUUUGCUUUUAUGAGCACUUGUUUAGAACUAAAAUCCUUUACAGAAUUGCUGUUUGCCUGUGAUAGUGCCGAAAAUGGCAAGCUCAGUAAGUUUUCAGAUUGUUGUCUUCAAUUACAUACAACUUUUCUGAUAUCUUUUUUUUAACUAUCUGCUGUUUACAAUACCGAUUCACUCUUAAAAUUACCUGUUUCCGUUGUUUUUAUGACUUUCAGUUAUGAUCUAUAUCUAGAUAUAAUUUUUAAUCUAGGUGUAACAGGAAAUACUCCAUCAUCUAUUAGGCCUACCAAUCCAACUCCUGGAGUCGCAGGAGGUAGAACAUCUCCAACAGCUGUACGGCCUACGGCUCCUACCCCUGUUCACGCCGUUACGCAAAUGCAGCCAGCAAGACCGGAAGCUCCGACUCCAAAUCAAGAACGAGAAGAAACGAAAGCUACCAUGAUGACAACUAGUUCAUCUCAGUCGUAUCAUGCCGUUGCCAAUGAUCGCUUCAACACAAUUGAAGAUCCGGUUAGACGAAAAGUUCUAACCGCUCCUAUUGCUGGAGCUACACCAUCUGGCGUAGAGAAUUUACUGCAACUUAGAGGUUUUAUCCUACAACCCGAUACUGCUGACUUUGGUUGUUUGAAAGAAGGGAACACUUAUAAUUUACGAAUCACUCUCCGCAAUACAGGACAUGACACUUGUAGAUUUAAAGUAAAACAACCUCCUGUAACUACAGGUAUUCGUAUUCUCUAUAAACCUGGUCCUGUGGCGGCUGGAAUGAAAGCGGAAAUGACUAUACAAAUCUUUGGGCUUUUAUCAAAUGCUGUCGAAGGUGUAGCAGCCGUAAAGCAUGAGUUAGAAAUAAUAACCGAAACACACGUUCUUUACCUACCGAUAACAGCUACGGUCUUAUCACAAGAGGCUUACUUGGAACAAGCACCGAGAUCAGUAAAGAAAAACCCAAAUGUCAGGCUUAUUUCGACAGCAGCUCCAGUAUUAACAAAACCUCGAAGAAUUUACGAACAAUCGAAACCUAACAUACCAGCCUCGUUACCUAUUAAGGCUCCUACGCCCCCUCCCAAAGCAAAAAACAAAGAGGCAGUAGUGGCCAAUUAAAAGCCGUUAAGAGUUUUAUUGCACGCUAUAUAAUUUUUGAUGGAACGCGUUACUAAUAACUGAACACGGAAGUCUACGAGUAACAGAACAUUUCUAAUUCAUCUUCUCCUCCUGGACAUUGGCUUACACCAUCACACAAUUCUUUUUCCUUUAUACAGCGACCUGUUAGAUCAUAUCCAUUGCCUGUUUUCUUCCUUAACGGACAUGCGAACAUUUUGCCUGACGGCUGCGAAGAUUCGUAUCCUCUCUCAUAACAAUCUAUAAGUUUAAUUAAGUAUUGAAUAUAAAUUUUAUAAUUAUAAAAUUUCAUGAUGAUAUAAUACAUAUAUUUAUAUAUUCAAUUAUAAAAUACAAACAAACUAACUUAAUGAAGAAAUGA